AUGCAGGAAGCAAGUGCUGCUUCCACCUCUUAUUCGGGCCGCUGCUCGUCUUCUUCUGGCCCCGAGCGUCAACCCCGUUACCAAUUCGGUCUUCAAGAGACGCCGGGCUUAACUGACGAGCCCUCUCACCCCCAGCCGCGGAAAACGGCCACGAGGGGCUCCAAUGGCGCCGCGAUCUUCCCUCCGAGAGGGUUGGAAGAUUCAUAUUUUGGAGACAAAAGUUCUUAUGCAGAAAACAUUAGUACAGUAAAUAUGACAAGCCCUUCUUCCACUAAGGAUAUAAAGAUUUCUAGAGUACGGAAAACACCUGUCUCAUCCAACAGACCAGGAUGUAGAAACUGGACUCCUUUCAUGGGAUAUUCAGUUACAUCAUCUUCAGCAGUCUCCACUCACAGUAUUGCAUCGGUUAUUGUGGCUGUAAUAGAAGGGAGAGGAUUUGCUAGAGGUGAAGUGGGAAUGGCAAGUAUUGACCUAAAAAAUCCAGAAGUCGUACUAUCCCAGUUUGCUGAUAAUACAACAUAUACCAAGGUUAUCACCAAACUCAGAAUUUUAACACCCUUAGAAAUAAUAAUGUCAAAUACUGCCUGUGAUUCAGGAAAUGCAACAAAACUGUACACUUUGAUAGCAGAAAAUUUCAAGAAUGUGACUUUUACCACAGUCCAGAGAAAAUAUUUUAAUGAAACCAAAGGUUUGGAAUACAUUGAACAAUUAUGUACUCCAGAAUUCAGCACUGUUUUAAUGGAAGUUCAGUCUAAGUAUUACUGUCUUGCAGCUGUUGCUGCCUUGCUGAAAUACGUUGAAUUCAUUCAAAAUUCAGUUUAUGCGCCUAAGUCACUUAAGAUUCGUUUCCAUGGAAGUGAGCAAACAGCAAUGAUUGACUCAACAUCAGCCCUAAAUCUUGAAUUAAUUACUAACAAUAGAGAUCCUAGGAAAGGCCAUAGUCUUUUUGGCAUUCUAAAUUAUACUAAGACACCGGGGGGAAGUCGAAGACUUCGGUCUAAUAUUCUGGAACCUCUGAUUGAUGCUGAUAGUAUCAACACAAGAUUGGAUUCUGUUCAAGAGCUCCUUCAGGAUGAGGAAUGCUUUUUUCGUCUUCAGUCAGUUAUAGGAAGAUUUUUGGACACUGAACAAUUACUUUCAGUUUUAGUACAAAUUCCAAAGCAGGAUACGGUUAAUGCAUCUGAAUCAAAGAUAACCAAUUUAAUUUAUCUGAAGCAUACUUUGGAACUUGUGGAGCCUUUCAAGGAAGCCUUAAAAAGCUAUAAGACGCCAUUGUUAAAAGCUUAUUAUAGUUCUUUGGAAGAUAGCAGGUUUGGAAUCAUUCUUGAAAAGAUUAAAACUGUUAUUAAUGAUGAUACAAGAUACACAAAAGGAUGUUUGAAUAUGAGAACUCAAAAAUGCUAUGCGGUGAAACCUAAUAUUAAUGAAUUUCUUGAUAUAGCACGAAGAACGUACACUGAAAUUGUGGAUGAUAUAGCUGGAAUGAUAACACAACUUGCAGAAAAACAUAACCUUCCUUUGAAAACAAGUUUUAGUUCAGCUCGAGGAUUUUUUAUCCAGAUGAGUGCUGAUUGUGCAGCAGUACACAAUGGUCAACUUCCUUCAGAAUUUACCAAGAUUACUAAAAUGAAAAAUGUAUAUAGUUUUACUUCACCUGAUUUAAUGAAAAUGAAUGAAAGAUGCCAGGAAUCCCUGAGAGAAAUCUAUCACAUGACUUACUUGAUAGUGUGCAAACUAUUGAGUGAAAUCUAUGAGCAUAUCCAUUGCUUGUACAAACUCUCUGACACUGUCUCUAUGCUAGAUAUGUUGCAGUCAUUUGCCCAUGCUUGCACACUGUCUGACUAUGUACGUCCUGAGUUUACAGAUACUUUAGCCAUAAAGCAAGGAUGGCAUCCAGUUCUUGAAAAAGUACAUUUUGAGAAACCUGUUUCUAAUGAUACCUAUAUCACAGAAGGAAGUAAUUUUAUAAUAAUUACAGGACCAAAUAUGAGUGGAAAAUCAACCUACCUAAAACAGAUAGCCCUUUCUCAGAUUAUGGCACAAAUGGGUUCUUUUGUCCCAGCAGAAUAUUCUUCUUUUAGGAUUACUGAACAAAUAUUUACCAGAAUAGGUAUGGAUGAUGAUAUAGAAACAAAUUCAUCAACGUUCAUGAAAGAAAUGAAAGAGGUAACAUACAUCAUACAAAAUGCUAAUGACAGAUCACUUAUCAUAAUUGAUGAGCUUGGCAGAGGUACCAGUCCUGAGGAAGGCAUCGGCAUAUGUUACGCAGUCUGUGAAUAUCUUCUAAAUUUAAAAGCAUUCACACUCUUUGCUACUCAUUUCUUGGAAUUAUGUCAAAUUGAUAACUUAUAUCCCAAUGUGGAAAACAAUUACUUUGAAGUGCAGCAUGUAAGAAGCAGUUGUGAAAUUAGGGAGAAAAUUGCUUAUACUUACAUUCUUUCUAAAGGAUGCACAGAGGAAAAAAAUUAUGGCUUGAAAGCUGCAGAGGUUUCCUCUCUUCCAUUAUCAAUAAUAUUGGAUGCCAAGAAGCUAGUAACUCUUAUUGAUAAACAAAUGAUGCAACAGCAAAGAACAGAUCCUGAAAUAUUAAAGGAGAAGGCUAUGUAUCACUUAGCAAACAGAUUGAUUCAGACUGCUCGCAACUCUCAACUGGAUCCAGACAGCUUGCGAAUAUACUUGAAAGGUUUGAAGAAAAAGUAUGAAACUGAUUGCAUUGCCUCUGAACAAGUAGCUGCAGAUGUUAGAUGA